AUGGGCGGCAACGACAUAGAGACAUGCCUCGACGACAUACCUUACCCAGAUGGCUUUUGGGAGGAUGAGACUAUUAUCACGGAUGUCGAGGACCUCGAAGAAGUUUGCGACGACGAAGAGGAGCUUCUUACAGAGUCCGAGGACGACAAUGAUGUUGCAGAGGAAAGCGAGAACUACCCGUCGGAAGAUGACUAG